AUGUCCCAAGUGCCCAAGUCCCCAUCACUGUGCAGCAUCUCAGAGGAGGUCUACUGUGGAACACACCUGCAGCCCCUACAGCUCUUCUGUGAAGAUGACCAAAUCACAGUUUGCAGCAAAUGUGUCCAGUCUCCAGAGCACAUGCAGCAUGUGGUGUAUGGAAUACAGGAGGCUUCCGAGUAUUAUAGGAAGUUACUCCAGGAAACACUGGUUAUGAUGAGGGGAAAGCUGGAAGCAACUAAAAGCUUACUGGCUGACGAGCAAGAGAGAAUGGCGAUGAUUCAGGAAGAAGAACAGAGGUUUAAAGAGAUGAUUGGGGCUGAGUAUAAGAUGAGAGUCCUGUUACUGACUGAACAGAUGGCGCUGCCCUCUCUGAGACCAUCAGCCUGCACAUUUGAUCCAGAUUUGGAAGAAGCCUGUGCGAACCAGCUGAGGACGUUUAGUACUGAGCUCAAGUACAAGUCACAGGAAAUGUUACAGAGACUUAGCCAUCUGGGAAGAGAGAACAUGAACAAACUGAAAACGAGUGAAGCCUGUGCUUACAAGUACCUCUGCAGGCUCCAGGAGACCAUCACGGAGCUGGAGAAGAAGUGUGGGGAAUCUGCCAUAACAUUGCUCCAAAAUGCAAAGCACUGUUUAGAAAGGAGUGAGUGUCUAUUGCUUCAGAGCCUAAAGCCAGCUCACAUCACAGACCUGAGUUCAUGCCUGUUAAUAAAAAUGGAGAAGGCACUAUUAAGGCUCCAAAGAGAUAUAACUUUGGACCGGGGCACAGCUCAUCCUUCCCUUGUCUUAUCUGAGGACCUGAGAAGCAUGGGAUUUGGAGAUCUACCACAGAGUGCUCCUGACACCCCAGGGAGGUUUGACUUCAGUGCUUCUGUGUUGGGUGCAGAGAGCUUCAGCUCAGGGAGGCAUUACUGGGAAGUGGCAGUGGGACAGGCCACACAGUGGCAGUUGGGCAUUUGUGACUGUACAGAGAAAAACAGCAACAUACCCCAGGCUUCAGGAGAUAAGUUCUUGCUCAUGGGGUCCAUGAUGGGGACGGAUUACACCUUCUGGGUCUUUCCCCCUUUAAGAAAGGUCUGUCUGAGAACACCAAUGUACAAGGUUGGAGUCUUCCUUGACUAUGUUUGUGGCCAGGUAUCCUUCUACAAUGUGACGGAGCAAUCUCUUAUUUAUAAUUUCUGUGACCUUACUUUCCAAGGAGCCGUUAAACCUAUAUUUUCUCUUUGUAUUCCAAAUGGAGACGUGAGUUCAGACUCUCUGACUGUCUGUCUCCCUCAAAUCCAUUCCUGAAAUG